CAUGCCGGGCACUGGUGGAUGAGCUAGAGUGGGAGAUUGCCCAAGUCGACCCCAGGAAAACCAUCCAGAUGGGCUCGUUCCGGAUCAACCCUGAUGGCAGCCAGUCGGUCGUGGAGGUGCCCUACGCCCGGUCAGAGGCACAUCUGACGGAGCUGCUAGAGCGGAUAUGUGAGAAGAUGAAGGAAUACGGGGAAAAAGUGGAUCCGUCCACGCACCGGAAGAGCUAUGUCCGGGUGAUCUCCCAUGAUGGGACCAAGAUGGACCUCUCCGGGGUCAAAAUUGAUGGA